AUGGUCCAAUACGAUCAAUUCAAUGGGAUGUUUUCAUCCACGUCCCUCCCCUCUCGCCCAAGGGCGGACGGUUCCGAGAGGUCUCAAUCUCCGAACCAGCCACUUCAUCCGCUUCUAAGAAGACUGUCUUCGGCUAGCGGAGCAGGGCCACAUCUGUGCACCCGAUGCCACCUUCGACGUCCGUCACAAGAAAUCCGCUUUCCACUCGACCACGAAUGCUCCUCAAGCGAGGAGGAAUGGGACGGAUUCUGCCCCGACAUCCACAUGCCCAAAGAUCUCACUCCUCCACCAUCACCCCAUCACAAACGACGACAUUCGUGUCUCUGCCCCGUCGGCGUCGUCGCCCAAGAACACCACAAAAGUGGAACCGUGUCGCCGGUGCAGAUGACGGUCAAGGAAGCGGCUCAGAGCCAUCACUACGGCCACCACCACAACAAAUGCAACUGCCAGACUGUCCUUCCAGAAGAAAACUUGGAAGAGAGAUACGGUCUUGUUGGAGAGCCCGCCCUGACACGGCGGAAGUUGAGCCUCGAAGAGGGCGCCGCGAACCAACUGGCCAGCAUCAUGCACGCCGAACUCAUCUCAGACAUGAAGGCACGGAAUAACCAUCUCUGA